UUCGCACGACAUAUGCUUGACUCGCACGCUCCCCUUGCAACGAGAUGCUUCCAGCCGCCAACUCAUGGGCAGCGGUGCUGCUGAAGCGGCAGCCCCCCGUGCAGCAGCUCCUCGGGGCACGGCGCGCGCCGAUGGACGGACGUGGGCUGGAGCGCGACCCGGCACAACCUCGGGAGCUGUCCGCACCAUUUGGUGCUGGCGCUGCCGCUUCGGCGGCGUGGCAUCCGCCAGAAGAACGCAGAAGCGGCCGUGGGCAUCUCAAGCGGCGGCGGCUGACGCGACCCGCUGUCCGCUGCGCGCGCGCUCACGUCAGCGCACCCUCCUGAAGUGAAAAAGGCUUACGCCAGCCAGCCUCAGCGCAGCCGGCGGCACCUCAUGGCUGUCGAACCAAGGGCCGAGGAGCCCGCUCAGGGGGCUCGCGGGCCAGGACCCCGAGGAGUGAGGCAGGCUCGCCAGCCAGGGCUCGUCCCGAGGCUUGUGCGCAAGCAGCAGGACGGUGCCCACGCGGGAGAGCGCCAUGACAGUGUCCCGGAUGGCACGCGCUGCCGCCAGCGAGUAGAGGACGUCCGCCAGCAAGAUCACGUCGAACCCGCCCCGCCCGCCGACGAACUCGAGAGCGGCGAGGCGGUCAGCCUCGCGCCUCCAGUCCAGGGCCCGCGCGGCCACGGGAAGCCCGGGGCAGUUGAGCGCCAAGUUCCCUUCGGUCAGCGGUACCACCUCGGGCCUGUCCGUCAGCAGCACGCGCCCUCCCAGCGCGAGGGCCGCGACGAUGCCCGGCAGGCCGCAGCCGCUCCCCAGCUCCAGGAAGCUCCUGCCGCCGAGCAGCUGGCCCGCGAGCGGGCCCGCGCGCCCCGCCCCCGCGCGCGACGCGAGCCAGUCUGCCAGCACCACGCCCCCGUCCCACAGGUGGCCCCCCGUCGGCAUGUCGCCCGCCGACAGCUCCUCCCGAGAUGUACACCCGGCGGCCCUGCAGCCCGAAGCUGCGGAAGCAGCAUGCCCCGCCGCCCCAGACGGAGUCCGCCAGCCAGCGCGGCCUGCGCGCGAGCGGCGCCGCGAGGCAGGGCAGGCACGGCGCCGCCGCGUGGGCCCGCCCUGGGCCGCCCAGCGCCUCCACGGUCAGGCCGCCCGGCUGGACCUCUGCCGACGAGUGGUUCGCCCGGCACGGCGAGCGGGACCUGGCCCAUCAUUGAGCGGCUGUCGCUGCCGCUGGCCGCGCGGGCGAGGCCGCGCGGGCGCGCCUCGAGCCGGAGGGCCACGCAGGCGCGCGCCAGGCGCGCGGGCAGCGUGCCACGCACUGCCGUGUGCCACCCGCCGCAGUCGAAGAAGGUCGACCGGUCCGCGCUGUCGAGGCCCACGAGACGUGCCCGUCCUCGUCCAGGAGCUCCACGAGCAGCUCGUAGGGCUCGGCGACAGGCAUGUUCAUCUCGUCGGUGACGCAGGCGACGAAGGUGAGCACUCCGUCCCCGAGGCGGGGCACCGACGCGAGAUAAGUGCGGCGCAGCAUCACGGCAACGGGCAGCCACGCAGGUCAUGCAUUCCAUCAGCCGGCCAUGCAGGGCCGCGGCUCGAACGGGGGAUCGUCUCACAGCAGCGAAGGAGGGGAGAGGGAGAGGGGAAGGGAGAGGGAAAGGGGAGGAAAGGGAACGAGGAGGAGUGCAGGGCAUGGACCACAGGGGCGUGGCAGGACGUCCUUGCCUUGAGCCUAAUGACGAGAAUACUCCCACCCUGUCGUUCCUAUUUCUCUUGUUAUCUCCC